GGCGCCUCAAUUAGGAGUGACAGUGUGCUUACUGCCCAGCAUAUAAGUAUGGGGGUUACUCCAAAGUCCCUCUCCAUCUCAUCGACCAUAACCAAAAUCACGUAACAGCAAAUCGAUAUUCUAGUUUCCCACAGAGCUACACCGCUACAGUCUCUCUCCAGCACUCGCACAUCCCCGCAUUGCCAUCCACCCUCACAAUCCCACAGCACUGACACACUGCUCAUCUCACGCCAUCCCUUCUCCAUCGCUCACACUCGUUCCAGCAUCCCCUCAUCCCCCAUCCCCCAUCCCCCAUGUCUUCGUCCAGCAGCCCGGUUCUCACCUUCGCCAUCCGCAGCAUUCAAGCCCUCUUCGCCAUCGUAGUCUUCGGGCUAUCCUGCUCUCUAAUCAAAGGCCACAAGCUCGGCGAUCUGCCCUCGACGCUGGGCUUCGUAGCCUUCAUCGGCGGCGUGUCGUUCGUAGGCGCCCUGCUGGGCGUCGCAGCGCACUGGCUGCAGAUGCUGCAGGGCAAGGUCGGACUACUCAUCGACACGGGCAUGUGCGGACUGAACAUCGCCGGUGGAAUCGUACGUUGCCGUCUCCUCUUCUUAUGAGCCUCAGCGUAGUCUUUCGGUCUUGGUGCGGUGUGACUGACGGUGGCAGCUUAUGGCAAUCAAAAUGCGCGGCGUGCGGUGCAACGACGAUUACGACAGUGGGAUGGAUGAAAGUGAUAUCGUAUGUGGAGGUAUCCUGAAGCAAGACGGCGUAACAAAUUGUGCCUUGCAAAGCGAGACGAGCCAACUGAUAACACGUUGCAAGAUGAGCCAGGCGGAUACAGUGUUUAUGUUCCUGAUUGCGAUUGUGGCGGCGGGUGCAGCUGUGCUGGCGUACUUGAGGCACAAGAGGGGAUAUUAACACCGAGGCCGGUUAUCUGGAAACCAGAGUCGCAAGACGAGUGGGCGUUUGUGUCUGUCUCGACCAUUGUGGUUCGUUUGGCUAAAUCAAGGAGGCGCGACUGGGGCGUUGUCAGGAAGGAGCGGACAGAGAAGAG